AUGGCGGCCCGGGAACCGUGGACCUAUGCGGUCCCGGCAGCUGCGCUGGCCGUGGCUUUCUUGGCCGUGGCUGUCGAGGCCUGCGCCGAGUCGGCCAAACGAGGCCAACACCUGCCUUUGCCAACGGAAGACGGUGAGCCAUCAAACUUUCUCAGAAGUGCGAGGAUCCAGGUUGCGAAAGCACGCACAGAGGGCAAGGGCCUCAAGCUCGCCUUCAGAGCCCUGGAAGUUAUGGUGAACGGCAGCUUGUUGGGUGGAAUGGCCAUGAUCAUUGUUUGGUGGCCUGUCUGGCUUGCUGUAGUUUCUGCAGCUUUUGUCUUGCCAGCAGCUUGCCAGCACGGCUUGAUGCAGGUGGUCCAACUGCCAGCACUGGCAAUUGCCUCGCCUCAGAACCGGAGCUGUCGAAGCAUGCUGCGCUCGUUCGUGCUCGUCGGAUUCGUAGGUCCCGUGGCACUGGUCUUCAGUGUUUGUUUUCGUCCAGAUAUCCACAACUGUCAGAUACGGACGCUCUCCGAUGAUGUAGAAGCACUGCACCUGUUGCCCAAGCAAUACACCGCCCAGGCUGAAAGCCUGCUGAGGGUGUCAGCACGGGAUAUCUUCUCGUACUUUCUCAUGUUGCAGGUGUUCUGUUUGCUUGCAUACAUCAUAGCAUUGCUGGUGCAAAUUGUCAGAGGGGCUUGUUGCCAUACGGCAACAGCCACAGAACAUGUAAAUGAGACGGGGCCGACGCUUGCCCGGCAGCUGGCAAGCGACGGCUUCCAAGCAGUGCAGCACAAGCUGCCCACACUGACCAAAGUGCAAUGGGAGCAGAAGCACUGCUUCGACAUGGAUGCACUGAAAGUUAAACUUUUUUUCAUGGCGCUCGAUGUUCUUUUGGACCUCAACACGAUUUUCAGCCUGCUGGUGUCGAGGAACUACAAGUUCGCGGGGUGCCUCACCUUCGUCGUCACGAGAAGUACAGCAAAGCAACUAGGAAAUCUGGGAAGCUUCAAGAAGGCCUUGGAUGAAAGCGUUCGCCGUGGACUUCUCCACCGGGUAGUGCUUGAGGUCUUUGACGAGGAGAAGGGCGCCGAAGCCUUCUUCAGCCUGAUGAUAACAUCGUACAGCUACGUAUUUUGUGUGCAGACUGCAAUACAAGCGAUUGUACAGUGCUUCAGCGUGCUGAUCCUAAGCCCGCGAUGA